UGGACCUGGCGUUUUUCAUAUCUCUGUUCACAGGAACUUCGUACCCAGACAAUGAGCCUUAAGAACUGAAAGAUCUUACUACAUGUCUCACAGAGAUGGCAUACGAGGUGGAAUAUGUCAUUGACUCGAUUGAGAUGGGGAUAGGUGCUAAUUUGCAACAUUUGCUAUGGAUUUAUGAUCUCCAAGAAAGGAUUAGAUUCAUCAAGCAUCUGGCAAAAAAUACUGGGGUCCUUAGUGUCGCCCAGAUUAGGGGGCAUGUACGACAAGCCAGUACACCAAAAACUGACAAAAUGGUGAUAUCUCUUGGUGAUCAGGAACAAGAGGUAAUUGAUAGGCUAACACGGGGAUCAUCGAAACGAGAUGUUGUAUCUCUUGUUGGUAUGGCAGGUAUUGGAAAAACCACCCUGGCAAAGAAGCUAUACAAUGAUCCAAAUAUAGUCUAUCACUUUCACUGCCGUGCAUGGUGUUCCGUUUCACAGGUAUACCUGAAAAGGGACUUGUUGCUCAACAUUCUGAGAGAUAUUGAAGGACUUACAGAUGAGAUUCAUGAGAUGAGUGAAGCAGAUUUAGAACAAAGGUUGAGGCAGCGGUUGUUGAAAAACAAGUACCUUAUAGUUCUGGAUGAUGUUUGGGAUGUUGAGGUCUGGAAUGUCUUGGAAAGAUCGUUACCUGAUGAUGGAAACGGAAGUAGAAUCAUGAUAACAAGUCGCCUCCGCAAGGUGGCUUUAGAAGCUAAACCCGACAGUGAUCCCCAUUCUCUUCGUCUACUAAAUCGUGAUGAAAGCUGGAAACUACUGCAAAUGAAGAUAUUUCAUGAAGAAGGAUGCUGUCCUGAGGAACUAGUCGACAUUGGGGAGCAAAUUGCUGAACGCUGUGGGGGGCUGCCUCUAGCGAUUGUUGCAGUGGCUGGUAUCCUAGAAAAGACUGAAAAGGAAUUGGAGCAGUGGAAACUGAUUGCCAAAGAGUUGAACUCCCGAGUAAUUGGUGAUGCAGAAACUCGGUGCAAGGACAUAUUACAGUUGAGCUACAGUCACUUACCAGCUCAUCUAAAAGCAUGCUUUCUGUACUUUGGUGCAUUUCAGGGAGAAAAAGAUGUUAGGUUCAGCAAGUUAAUACAGUUGUGGAUUGCAGAAGGCUUUGUACAGAAAAAGGAGCCAAGGAGUUUAGAAGAAACUGCUGAGGAAUACUUGCUUGAUCUAAUUGAUCGGAGCCUAGUAAUAAUUUCCAAAAAGAGAUCCAAGGGUGGAGUGAAAACAUGCCGCAUCCAUGAUUUGCUGCGUGAUUUGUGUCAGAGCCAAUCAUCAGAAGAUAAGUUUUUACAACUUGUAACCAGGUACGAUGAACCGUAUGCUUCUCUUCUUGAUUCAGACCACUGGGUUGACUUUGAUUCUUAUUAUCCUUCAAAUCCUGUAAAAUAUGAGAGCCAUCGACUGUGCAUAUGUUUGAAACGUAAGGUUUUUGUUGAUUCAAGACCUUCUGGUCCAAGCACCCGUUCUUUGAUAUUCUCUGCCUCUAGCGAUACAUAUCCAAGACGUCCAUACAAUCUCUCAUUCAUUCCUCGGCAUUUCAAACUGGUUAAGGUUCUUGAUUUGGAAUGUAUCAAUAUCGGUCAUUCCUUUCCUGCUGAAAUGGAGUUUCUAGUUCAGUUGAGAUAUCUGGCAAUCAGCGGUGAUGUGGGUUCUAUUCCGCGCUCAAUAUCCAAUCUCUGGAAACUUGAAACUCUGAUCGUGAAGGGAUUAAGUGGCAUGGUUUUACUGCCAGAUAGUUUGUGGUGCAUGACAAGGCUAAGGCACAUCCACGUUAAGAAACAAGCUGCUUUCAGCAUGGAAGAUGAAAUGUCUGGAAAUUCCUUCCAACUGGAAAACUUGGUCACUUUUUCUUCACUGUCUCUCUCUUUUGGGAUGGAUACAGAGAAGAUACUAAGGAAGCUGCCCAAUCUUCGAAGCUUCAGUUGUAUAUUUCUGGAUGCUAGGGAUUCCUCUCAGAGUUGUAAUCAGUUUCCAAGGUUAGAUUUUUUACCUCAGCUGGAGUCGCUGAAGAUAUUCUACGCUGGUAGGACUCGCAAGCCUGGGGAAUUCAUUCUUCCCCUAAAUUUAAAGAAAUUAACUUUGUCAAGCUUUGGCCUACCAUGGGAUCAUAUAUCUUCCAUCGGGAGGCUUCCAAACCUUCAGGUUCUUAAAUUAGUUUCUGAAGCCUUUGAUGGGGAAAGUUGGGAUAUGAGGGAAGAUGAGUUUCCUGAACUCAGAUUCCUGCAGUUAGACUCUCUGAACCUCGUUCAGUGGAAUGCCUCUUGUGAUCACCUUCCCAAACUUGCGCAGCUGGUCUUACGAAACUGCAAACGCCUUCAGGAAGUCCCAUAUGAUUUUGCUGAUAUUCCUACGUUGGAGUUAAUUCAAGUGCAACGGUGUGGGAAAUCCCUUGAAGAGUCCGUCAGAAGUAUCGGUGAAGCAACUGAGUGCAUUCAAGUCCUCAUCAGUCGCUCAUAUUCAUAAUGUCAGCCAGCCACUAUGGUACCUUUCUGCUCACUUUAACAUCUUCUGAAGGGCAUGUAAGGCUUUCUGGCUUUUUGUAAACUGAGAAGGUGUCCACAAUCCAAUUUCAGAGUUCACUGGUUCAACAACUUCCUCAAUUAUCUGCUCUAGUCAAGAGAAUCAAGAGAACUUUCAUAGCAAAAGAAGGGGGGAACUGGAAAAAAGCCAGUAGUGUUUCACAGGCUUGACUGUGACAAGCCCUUGGAGGACUUGAGGAAUGAGAUACUUCUCUGUUAUUUGUAUAUGGUGUUGUGGUUUCUUGCCUUUAUGAAUGCUUGUGGCUCACAAGUGCUGCUUCUUUACAAAAGGAAAAAAUUCCAUUUAUAAUGGAAUGAUAAAUGUUGUAUUACAGUCUUGAAGCACUGUAAAUUUGCAUUUCUGCCUUGUUUUAAACUUCACCUUGAGUGAUGCAAAAAAGUCUUUAUUGGGCAUCACUCUCUUUUGGAUUAACUUCAUUAUGCUGGUAAAAUGAUGACCACACUGGUUGACAUCUCAUCUACUGUAUUAGACUUCUUUUUUUUUUUUGGUCAAGUAUUAGACAUAAUGGAUGUUGAG